AUGGCUUCUCACCUCAACUGGAUGCUCAUCAAGAACACGCAUUGCUUUCUCAUGAAACGCAAUGGCGAACAAUUCAGUCGUGACCCACUGAACAUGAAGGGGAAAAAUUGCUUUAAGUACAGUGGUAUGGUUCAUAAAAAGGCGAUUGGCAUCAAGCAAGAAAAGGGCGGGAAGGGUGUUUAUUUUAUCACCAAAAAGGCUGGUUUCGACCACAGACCCAGAAAGGCUCUUGCGCGGAUAAAGUUUGUGCGUGGCAAUAGGCGGACUCUCCAAAAAAUCCGCAACUUUGUUUGCCUCAUGAAAUACCGCCGAGAAUUGAAAAUGCUUGCCUUACGAAGGGCUAGUGCCAUCCUGCAGGCCAACAAACGAAAACAGGCUACAUCAACUAAGGAGGUCAAGAAGAACUAG